GGCAAGCUUUGACUCCCUUGCCAAAAUUCAGCGGGUCGCCCAAAGAUUGGGCUAAAUUCAAAAGGAUCUACGAAGUCAGCACGAGAGAAUGUGCGUUUUCCAAUCAUGAAAAUCUCUCCAGACUUGAAGCUGCCCUUGAAGGACGCGCAGCUAGAAGCGUGCAGCAACUAUUUAUAAACUCGGAAAAUGUUCCGAGUAUAAUAGAGAGACUAGAGGAAAAUUUCGGAAACCCUAAAUUCAUAUAUGAGGAACUACUGCACGAUCUACAGAAGCUUAAAAGAGAAAGUAGAUCAAUAAUAAUCGAAAUGUCAGAUGCUUUAGAAAAUAUGGUGGCAAACAUGACGAUCAUAAAUCAAAGAGGUUACCUACUAGAUGCGAGGUUAAUAGAAGACCUAGUUAAGAGACUACCUUAUAACCUGCAAAUAGAAUGGACACGCCAUAGAACGACGACUGGUGAUGCCCCAUCUUUAGAAGAAAUGAGUAACUGGCUGAAACCUCACGCCAAAAUAAUGAGGAAUAUGGCUUCUCCUCUACCUUCUACAGUUAGAAGCCAGAUACAUGUCCAUCAAGAGAUGCCACGCAUGAAAUGUCCGGUUUGCUCGAAUAACCAUAAAAUCUUCGAUUGCACGGAAUUUAAGAACUCCAACAUCCAAAAAAGAUGUCGAUUGGCAGUACAAUGUAAAAUAUGUUUCGGAUGUCUAGGCACCGGACAUAUGGUUAAAGAUUGCAGACGAUCUAGGAGGUGCGGCUUGAGUGGAUGUAACAAGCACCACCACAGAAUGUUACACUCGAAUCCAGACAUGGAACCAACACCUCGUAAUACGUCCGCUACAGUUCCGCUUGAAGCCAACUGCAAUAUUCACAAGUCCUCAGCAAACGAGAUAUACUACCAGGUGAUUCCAGUAACACUUCAACACGGAAGGCAUUCAGUCGAUACAUAUGCCUUCCUAGACACAGGGUCUUCCCUGACAUUGCUAGAUGAGGAAAUGGCAAACUCCUUGGACCUAUACGGCAGAGAAGAACCACUACAAUUAAAAUGGACACAGGACGUGUCUCGAAACGAGCUGAACAGUAGAAAAGUACAAGUUCGCAUUCAGGGGUCGUCCAGAAGGUCGUACCGACUUGACGGUGUAAGAACCAUUAAAAACUUACAACUUCCGACUCAGACAAUGAACUACAAAGCAAUGGCUACAAAAUAUCCGCAUUUGGAAAACCUUCCGAUCGAAAGCUACGAGCUUGCAAGGCCAACAAUUCUCAUAGGGCUGAAUCAAAGCCAUUUGCUUACCGCCAUGGAAACAAGAAGGGGAAGUGACAAUGACCCAAUAGCAGUCCGAAGUAAGCUUGGAUGGUUUAUUUUCGGUAAUGUCAGAUCAAUUUAUCAAAACGAUCAUGAACUAUUGCAACACGAUAAAGAACUACGAGAUAUGAUGGCUGCGCACUUCUCAAUCGAUGAAUUUAGCAUCAGACAACCAAUAAGAGUCAACGACAACCCCUUGCCCUUAGAACCGGUCAACAAGUAUACCACCGCGAGUUCUAACAACGUAAUGCUGAUAACCUCGACCGAAGAUAAAUCAAAAAAAUCAACGCGAAAAAAAAGACGUAGAAAUAAGACUACAACAAAAGGCAUUUCUAAAUCUUGGUUCAACAUCUCACGUAUAUUGAAAAUAAUGAUGUUGUUCGUAAUGUCGUUCACGUUGAUCAACGCUAUAUCCAUAAAACCCGUUGACAAAGACGGUCUAAUGUUCGACCACGAAGGAACGUGCUUAUUACAUAGAGGCAUAUGGCAAACGAAUAUACAAACCAACGUAGUGCCCGAUGAAGACAUUGAAGUAAUUAACUCGAUACGGAAUAAUGUGACAGUAGCGAUGAAAGACAUGGAGUUUGUCAUCGAAGACUCUCUCCUAGAGCAAAUUGCAACAUCUGUUGAACGUUUAUGCGAUGAUGCGAUUGAUGAGAUCAAGCAGACAACGAGAACUAAACGAAGCAAAGGGUUCUUCGGUUUUUUGGCGGACUUAAUAUUUGGUAGCGACGAUAUGGAAAACGAGCUACAGGCAAUGAGGGUUCAUGAAGACGAAAAAAUUCACCAAAUAUCGGAGUCAAUGGUAAAAAUGAAUACCAAGGCGUCCAAAAUGGGAGAACAGCUUAACGAGAGAUACUAUAAAUUGUACAAAGACAUGACUCAAUUAAAACAAUUAUAUUCUGCGGAUAAGGUUCAAAGGUUACGAACAACGAUGUUAGAAACCACGAUAUUGGCACGAGAAGUUAUCGAUGGAACGUUGAAUAGAUAUAGGAAAGUUCGAACGUUUCCUUUGUCCGUCGACGAACUAGCCCAAACCAGAAAAAACAUUUCACAAGCGUUGCCAACUGGUUACAUUGUCCUGGAUCACCCAUCAGCCGUAAAAUACAACACGCGUGUAGUCAACGGCUCCCUCAUAAUUACCAUGACGAGUGUUGUCAUCAACAAAGUUGAGUUCGAGGUAUUUAAGAUAAUACCGAUCCCACGGGCUGAGAAUGGCUCAAUUAUUGUAACAGAACAUGAUCGCAUCGCGGUAGGCCACAACCAAGACUUCUUCUACCCAUCGAUCGAACUAACAAAACUGAAUGAUACGCAUUUAAUUACGGUUCAACCAGAACUGAGUAAGGAAGUGGAUUGCGUAGCGGCUGUCAUACUGCAUAUCGCAAGUACCCGCAAAUGUGCAACAAAACUGUUAACCACGCCUUACGCUAUGAUGGAGACACUGUCCACUCCUAAUACCGUUUUAUACUAUGCAUCCGAUACAAAGGCAAUAGUUAUACAUUGCGACAACGUGGUAAUGUCACCACCUUAUGAGGCAGCAGUAGUAACUCUCCAGCCAGAUUGCCGUAUACAAUCCAACAACAAAACGAUACAUGCAAGUUUAAAUGGCAUGAACAAGAAGAUUGCAACAUACUUCAAAUCUAAAUACCAGGUGGCCGAUCACCUAUUGGACGAAUUCAAUGACACCGUAAAAGAUGUGGUGGAGCCGAAGCCCGAUAAUCCCUACGAUAACAACGCUAUGAUAACCGUGUACAACAGUUUGGAUCCCUUCCAUCCGAAAUCGAAGUAUCUUUGGAGGAACGCCGCCCUUUUCGUAAGCAUACUAAUGAUUAUAAUCGGGAUCAUUUAUCUACGUUGCUGCAGACGAAGAUGCUGCACCAGAUCCAGAGCCACAGCAGGACCCGAUGUCCAUAUCCGAAUGGACAACCUAUUGAACCGGCAACAAUUAGAAGACACAGCGCUUUAAAACCAAGCAUUGGAGGGACGUUCAAUGAAGCAAGGCGGCAUGCCGAAGAAUUGAAGAGAAAAAGUGAUUUAAAACUCUGUUAGACCAUAAGUACACAAAAUGUAAAAUAGAAGAAAAUAAUUGAAUAUGAAAUAAUUGUAGUCAAAAUGAGGAAUCUGACAAUGAAUAAGAAAUAUAAGCAACAAAGGGUUGCAUAAACUGACGAGAAGAUAUGUCGU